AUGGAGAGGCAUCUUCAUGGAGUUUUGUAUGUCUUCAUUAUCACAUUUUCUCUUAUACAUUUUGUGCAAACGCAGGAUCAAAAAGGAUUCAUCACUUUGGAUUGUGGCUUGUCACCUGAUGGGUCUCCGUACACCGAUCCAUCUACUGGAUUAACAUUCACCUCAGAUGCUAGUUUCGUCGAGAGUGGAAAGAACGGUCGAGUUGAUAAGGAUUCUGAGAGAAACUUCGAAAAGGCCUUUGUAACGCUGAGAUACUUUCCAGAAGGACAACGGAAUUGUUAUAACGUGGAGACCACGCAAGGAACGAAAUAUCUUAUUAGAGCUUCUUUUUUUUAUGGAAAUUAUGACGGUCUUCAAACUCUCCCAAACUUUGAUCUGUUUCUUGGCCCUAAUAAGUGGACAACUGUGAAUUUGAAUGCUACUGUACCAGGUGGUCAGUAUAGGGAGAUUAUUCACAUGUCCAAGUUAAGCUCUUUGCAGAUCUGCCUUGUUAAGACUGGAACAACUACGCCGAUGAUAUCAACCUUGGAGCUACGGCCACUGAGAAGUGAUAUCUACAUUAGUGACACUGGGAGCUCCUUGCAGUUCUUAUCAAGAACUUAUCUUAAAGGUUCUGGUAGCAUUUUACGGUACCCUGAUGAUGUCUAUGACCGUAGGUGGUUCCCAUUGGUGAAGAAGGAUUGGAAUUUAAUAACUACAACACUCAAUGUAAACACUUCUAAUGGUUUUGAUCCGCCUCAAGGUGCAAUGGCCUCAGCUGCAACCUAUGUAAAUGAUAAUGGGACGUGGGAUAUUCCUUGGAACAUGGAGGAUUCUACAACACGGUUUCACAUUUACCUUCACUUUGCAGAGAUUCAAACUCUGUUAGCCAAUGAGACCAGAGAAUUCAGCGUUUUGCUGAAUGGAAAUGAAUUUUCUAAACCUUUUAGUCCUAAAAUGUUAGGCAUUGUAACUAUGAUAACUCAACCCGAAUCGACAUUGAGAUGCGAAAGUGGGGCUUGCCUUUUGCAGCUGGUGAAAACAACAAAGUCAACUCUUCCUCCUCUCCUCAAUGCUAUGGAGAUUUUUACUGUUGUUGAACUUCCUCAGCCAGAAACAAACCAAGAUGAAGUGGUUGCUAUCAAUAAGAUCCAAAGUGCUUACGGAUUGAGUAGAGUUAGCUGGCAAGGAGAUCCAUGUGUCCCCAGAGAGUUCUUGUGGGCUGGUCUAAACUGUAACAACACAGAUACUUCCACUCCACCAACAAUCACUUCCUUAAACUUAUCUUCAAGUGGAUUGACCGAUAUAAUUAUGCCUGCCAUUCAGAAUCUAACCAAUCUACAAGAACUAGACUUAUCAAACAACAGCUUGAACGGUGAUGUGCCUGAAUUUCUAGCUGACAUGAAAUCUCUUUUUAUCAUAAACUUAAGUGGAAACAAUCUUAGUGGCCAAGUUCCUCAAAAGCUUCUACAAAAGAAAGGACUGAAGCUGAAUUUUGAAGGCAACCCUAACCUUAAUUGCACAGAAAGUUCAUGUGUAAAUAAACCUAGAGAAAGUGGGCAUCCCAAAAAGAGUAUAAUUGUACCAGUUGUUGCAUCAGUUGCUUCAAUGGUUAUUAUUGGAAGUGCAUUGGUUACAUUCUUUGUUCUCAAAAGGAAAAAAACAUCAAACAAUAGAGGUAUUCAUAACAAAUUUAUUAAUUUUCAUGGUAGACGAACACCGAGACCGGAGCCACCGAAAAUAACGAAAAAGAAAAGAUUUAGUUACGCAGAGGUUACUGAAAUGACAAAUAACUUUGAAAGGAUUCUUGGGAGAGGAGGAUUCGGCAUGGUUUAUCAUGGAUAUGUUAAUGGUACAGAACAAGUUGCUGUUAAAGUAGUCUCUCAGGGAUCAGAUCAGGGGCACAAACAAUUCAAGGCAGAGGUUGAUCUUCUUCUGAGAGUUCAUCACAAGAAUUUGGUAGGCCUGGUUGGAUAUUGCGAAAAAGGGAAGGACUUGGUUCUCGUAUACGAAUACAUGUCCAAUGGAGACUUGAAAGAGGUUUUGUCCGGAAAGCAUCACUCCUCUGUUUUAAGGUGGGGAACCAGACUAAAAAUAGCGGUAGAUGCUGCACAAGGGUUGGAGUAUUUGUAUAAAGGAUGCAGACCACCAAUUGUUCAUAGAGAUGUAAAAACAGCAAAUAUAUUGCUGGACGAACACUUCCAAGCCAAAAUUGCCGAUUUUGGGCUUUCUAAAUCAUUCCCAAACGAUGGAGAAAGCCAUGUAUCCACAGUCGUUGCAGGAACUCUUGGUUACCUUGAUCCAGAAUACUACAACACAAAUUGGUUGACUGAAAAAAGUGAUGUAUAUAGUUUUGGGGUCGUUUUAUUGGAGAUUAUAACAAAUUUGCCAUUGAUUGACCAGCGUCGUGAAACACCAUACAUAGCAGAAUGGGUGGGAUUAAUGGUCACCAAAGGAGAUAUUAAAAGCAUUAUAGAUCCAAGACUUAAAGACGAUUACCACUCUGAUUCUGUUUGGAAAUUUGUUGAGCUAGCAAUGGCUUGUGUCAAUUUUUCUUCAGCGAGUAGACCGACCAUGUCUCAAGUUGUUAUUGAGCUAAUUGAAUGUUUAACACUUGAAAACUCAAGAGGCGGAACGAGUUGUGACAUGGAAUCCAGGGGUUCAAGAGAAGUGACCAUGACAUUUGGAACUGAAGUGAACCCCACGGCUCGCUAG